CGUCUCAUAUGUGAAUGCCAUAGUCCGGACGCUCGUUGGUUUCUGCAAUACACUUCGCUGUCCGUCCGCUGAAGGGACCUCACAUCGCAAUUGCAUCACAGCUUCGUUCCUCCCGUACCUUGGUCGACGACGUCUACGUCUCUCCUUAUCUCCAACGGCGGAACAUCGAGCCCAAGCGCACGUUGAAACACUGUCUCUGCGACAAAUAUAUGAAAAGCUCUUGGCCGCGAUACUCCACAUGACGAUCCUGCACAUCGCCUUCUCGUCGGUCGCAGCGGUGCGAGGUUGAAGUGCGUUCCUCGGAGGGAGCAAGAUAGGUCAAGAGACAGGACAAACAAUCCCAGACCAAGUCGCUGCACAGUCCUGCACAUCACGAUCCCCAGCGCGACGAUUGCCAUACGGCGGGAAAGGAUCCAUACCUACCAUUAAGAGAAGGACUGGAUAACAUCAUUAGCAUCACCAUCAUGGCUUCUGCUCAGGCCUUCACGCCUACGGGAAAGAGCGAUCAUCAUCUCCACCCACCAACCCUCGCCAAAUCACCGCCUACCUCGCCUUCCAUUCCGCAGAACAGUCAACCUUCCGCGCAUCGUCGCCAAGGGCAUGCCUACAGCCACUCUUUCUCCAACUUCGCUUCCCCUCCGCCUACCUACACUCGAUCGGCUCUCGACCAACUUUCCGCAAAUAGCCAGCCACCGCCGACCGGAAUAAAUGGCAGCCUCAAUGGAUAUGCGUUGAGCAGUAAGAGCCCGUCCGCCUCCAAUGGCUUUUUGUACACCCAUACCGAAACGAGCAAGGAGAAUACCCCCAUGCCAUCGCCAUCACCGCCGUUGACGAGAGGGAUAGACCCUAGGCAGGCCUUGAGUCGCAACCACAGCCACAGUCGUAGUCACGGACACGUUCACGAUUCUCAUCAGCCGCCGCAGUCUGGGUCAGGAUACGGUCUGGACCAGACACAAUCACACUGGCUUGAACAAGACCCUUUCUCUCAACAGGCGCAUGUCACCUUGCAAGAGCAGAAGUCGAAUCCUUCCCCGCAUAAUCACCACCAUCACCACGACCACGACCACGAGCAUGAACAGCAUCAGCAUCACCACGAAGACCACGACCAUUCGCAUGGUGUACACACGCCUCAUAACCACUCUCAUAAUCAUUCCCAUUCUUCUCCGUUCGCUCACAACAACGCAUCCGCACUAUCACAAUCCAUCUCACACCCACAGGCAGAAAUGAAGAGCAGGCCUCGAGGACAAUCUGAUCUGGGGAGACGGCUCGAUGUGCCCAUGCCGAAAAUCAACACUUCGCGCGCAAAUGAUUCAUGGCCUGCAGUUGCAGAUGCGCUCGCAAGCGUUCUCAUUCCUCUGCCAUAUCUACUUGUCGCCGCUGCUGCGACGACGCUGAUUGGAGUUCGAACAGCCACGAGCUUGUCGGCAGAACUACUCUCACCCAUGCAGAAGUUACGGCAGGAUAUCAUGGAAGAUGGUGGGCAGGCGGAACACCUCAACCUGAAAGAAGUUCCCUUGAACGAUUCUGCGAGCGUGCUGAUGGCUUGUAUCUUGACUUCGGGGACACUUUUGCUUGUGGGGGUCUUUGGUGUCUGGAGGACCACACAGCAACGUCUCCUUGACAGACGGAAACUCAGGAUAAACAGCACCUGGUCAGACUCACAGCAGAAACAACAGCAACAGCAGUCGAGCAGACUGUGGACGCUCCAAACAGCCCAAACGGCGGCGGCGCGCACGCUCGGCGUAGGCUUACCCUUCUACGCCGCGCUACAAAUCGGCGGCACAAGGACAAGCAUGCUCCUUUUGACUGCCGUCGCCACAGGGUUGAUCUACACGAAUGGCCACAUCUCCUCGGUCGCUGUUCUAGCGCAGACGGUGCAGGCCCGAAGGGCGACAUUCUUCGUGUUGGCUCUGUGCAUAAUUGGGGACCUCUCUGGUCUGACGAGUACAAAUCCAUCUUCGGGUCUGGUCUUGGGCUACUCAGCGCUGUUCUGUGCAGUGUUUAUAUUCCCUCCACCACUCCCAUCGAUCCCGGAUGCGUCAUCGGCAGCAAAGUCGGAGGGAGAACCUGCAGGGACGACUACCACAGGUGCAGCACGGCCGAUGGGAAACUCGAAUCGCCUGCCCGCAUCAUCUCUGACACGUUCUCCGCAUGAUUCGCAGCUGACACUCCUCUCUGGUGUUGCUACCACUUCGCUCACGGUCCUUUUCUGUCUCGUGAAGCUGUCCUUCGGCCAUGUCAUGCCUCUCCUAUCAGGCCCGUGGCUCGUUCUCACCCUCGCAAGCUGCAUCGCCACAGCAGCCAGCAUGCUCUACUCACGACCUUUUGUCUUCUUUCCUCAGCGAGCCUACGAUAGCCAUAAACAUCGACCUUGGAAGACCAGCCUCUACAUCAUCGCACCCGCUGCCGCGAUCAUCGCCUUCGCGAUGCCAUUGUUCACGCCGAUUACAGCUGAUUCAACGACCAUAACUUUCCUCAACCUUUUCCUUCUCAUUUCGUCGUGCAUCGGCUACUGCUACGACAAGACUAAACCCUCCUUCCGCCUCCACCGGUCCUCUAACGAUGCCAAUGGCAGCGCCAACUUCGCUCUCCCCCCUAACGCAUUCUCCUCUGCAAUGUCUCCGUCCAUUCUCUCGCCGUUUCCGUUUUCUUCAGCUUUCUCCUUUGCUUCUCCGCCAGUGUCGCCGAUGGUGGACGGCAGGCCGCACCAUCACCACCACGAUCACGAUCACGAUCAUCAUCACCAUGGGCCAACCACCGCUUUCCGCCGGAAAUCUUCGGCCGCAGCUACCAUCCUGCAGCUCAUCGAUGGGAAAGACUGUUCUUUUGUUACGAGGUUCCUCAUGGCGAGAUGUCAACCAGGGUCUUUGAUGGCGGGAAUCCUAGCAGAAAAGGAUUCUAGGAGGAUUGCAUACUUCACAAUUCUCAACUUUGGCUUCAUGCUCGUUCAGGGCGUAUAUGGCUAUCUCUCUGGCUCCCUCGGCCUACUCUCUGACACAGUCCACAUGUUCUUCGACUGUCUCGGUCUCGUCGUCGGCCUCGGUGCCGCCGUCGCCUCCAAAUGGCCGACAUCACCCGAAAAGCCCUACGGAUGGGCCAAGCUCAACACGCUCUCAGGUUUCGGCAACGGCAUCUUCCUGAUGCUCGUCAGCGUGGAAUUUAUCUGGGAAGCCUGCGAGGGCAUCGCCGAGAAGCGCGAACUCCGCCGCGUCAUGGAGCUGCUCAUCGUCAGCUCCCUCGGCUUCGCCGUGAACCUCGUCGGCCUCCUGGCCUUCGGGCACGCCCAUGUCGGCCACGAUCACGGUCACGGGCAUGAUCACGGCCAUCACGACCACGGCCACGACCAUCAUCACCACCACCAUCAUCACGACCACGGCCACAACGAAAACAUGCACGGCAUAUUCCUCCACAUCGCCGCCGACGCGGGCGGCUCCCUCGCCGUCAUCCUCUCCACCGCCCUCGCCCUCUGGCGCCCCUGGUACCUCUGGGACCCGCUCGCGACCAUUUUCAUCGCGGUCUUGAUCUUCGCCGCCGCCGUCCCGCUCGUCACCAGCAGCGCGAGGAAACUGCUCCUCGUCCUCCCCGAGGCCGGCAACGUCGAGUGGAGCGUCCGCGAGGCCCUGAGGGAAGUCGUGGAGAUCCGCGGGGUCGUGGGCGUCGCCGCCGAGGGCGGUCUGAGGGUUUGGGAGGGCGUCGCUGCGGACGCCGAGGACGAGGGCAAGAAGGAGAAAUGCGGACAUGCGCAUCAUGAUCAUGACCAUCAUCAUCAUCAUCAUCAUCACGAUCACGGCCAUCACGACCACAAGCAUGAUCACGGCCACGACCACGCCCGCAGCCACAGCCACGACCACACCCACCUCUCCCCUCCUCCCGCCAACACCACCCCUUCCCCUCACGACCACCAUCAUUCCCACGACCAUGCCCACCACGACCACCCCCACCCGGCUCCCCCCAUCACCCUUGUCGGCGCCAUCCACAUCAUCGCCCACCCCUCCGCCGACCUCGAGGACGUCCGCAGCCGCGUUGUCGAAUUCCUGCGGGCGCGGGGCAUGGACCUCGUGGUGCAGGUCGAGCGGGACGCCGGCGUCGGCGUCGGUAGCGGUGGUGCUGGCAGCGGGAGUCCGUCGAUGAGGGUCGCUUGAGGAUCUAGUCUGGGGAUGGAUGGGGGGUUUCGCCUCAAGGUCGGGGGUUGGAAGACGUCGUUGUGGAUUCGAGGAGCGCGAUGGAAGAAGGAGGACUCGAAUCGUUCCGGUGGUAGGAGAAAUGCGGACGUCGUUAUGCUUCAGCGUCAUCAUUAGCAUCAUCAUCAUCACCGUUAUCAUCAUCAUUAUCAUAUACUUGUUUUUGUUUCCUCUCAUAGCGAGCGGCGUCGUGGUAUAUUAGAACAAUGAACAAUGAACAAAUUCGGGAGAAUGACUACCCGAAGGAACAAUUCCAUG